AGGAAACAAUCUCCAAACAACAGAUUAUUAAUAACCUUUGAUUGCAUCAUAAAGCUAAAGCUAAGGGGAAUAGCAACCCACACAUCAUUUCCUCAUAUUCUUUUUGUUCUUCAAAAUCUCCAUCUUCCCCUCUAUUUUCGAAGCCCCAUUGCACAGGAAAAUUUCUUGUGCUUUCCGCUUCGAGAAAGAAAAGAGGGCGAGAAGAGAAGGAAGAGCAUGAAUCCCAGAAGCGCGACGGCCCUGGUGGUGGUGGUGGCGGCCGCAUUCCUCCUCCUUCCGACGCACGCAGGCAUAAAACCUAACGCGAAGUCGGUGGUGGUGACGAACAACCACACGAACUACCUGAGCGUGCGGUGCUUCUCGUUCAACGACGACUUCACGGUGAACCACCUGCCGUCGUGGGGGCAGUACGAGUUCAAGGUGACGAAGCGGGUGGUGUACCCUUCCUCCACCAUGUUCAACUGCUCCACCAACAUGGGCACCUUCGUCGCCUACAAAUACGACUACGAGUGCACCGCCGACGACUACGACAAAUGUGACUGGCGAUUCGAUGAAGACAGUGCUUAUAGAUGGGAACCUAAGCUCAAUGUUUGGGUUGCAGUUGAUUAUGCCCCCAACUAUGAGUCUCUCAAUAGAGGUGGUGUCAUUCGAGGCUACUUUGCAAAUUAGUCACAUACAUACAUUCUUAAUUUUUUCUUAAUUUCUCUAUAAAAACUUUGUGUCGGAUGGUCUGACGGCUCAAGAUCUGAUCGAGUAUAUAUAUAUGUACCUAUAAAUUUGAAGAAUGACAUGUUUGUAAUUUUUUUGAUUCAUGGUUCAAAUGCUUUGCUCCA